AUGGCUGCCGCGCGGAGCGGCCCCCGCGCUGGGCCCGGGGAGCCCUGGCCCCUGGCCCCGAGCCUCCUCCGGCUGCUGCUGCUGCUCCUGCCCCCGGCCCGGGUCGCAGCCGCGGCCCACAGGCACGCUCGCGCUGAGGGAAUCGCCUGGCGCCGUGGUGUAGCCUGUGGCCAGCGUCACGUGCAGGGGAAGGUCGUGGGAGGCACGGAUGCCCCUGAGAAAAAGUGGCCAUGGCAGGUCAGCCUGCACUAUGCAGGUUUCCACACAUGUGGUGGGUCCAUCAUUGAUGAGUAUUGGGUCCUGUCCGCAGCCCACUGCUUUGACAGGGAAAGGAACAUUGAGGCAUUUGAUGUAUAUGUGGGCCUUGUGGACCUCAGGGUGCCAGGCAAUCAUACUCAGUGGUUUGAGGUGCAUAAGGUGAUCCUACAUCCCACACACAAAUUAUACCACCCUGUCGGAGGCGACAUCGCUCUGGUACAGCUGAAAAGCCGCAUUGUGCUUUCCGACUCUGUGCUUCCCAUCUGCAUUGCACCCACAGACGUGAAACUUUGGAACCUUUCUUGCUGGGCUACAGGAUGGGGAUUCAUCUCCCAACAAGGCGACACCUCAGACAAGCUACAGGAGGUGCAGCAGCCUCUGGUCCCGCUCCGCCUGUGCCAGCUGCUCUACGGAGAUACGUCCCACGUCCUGCCGGACAUGCUGUGCGCUGGGGACCUCCGGGACGUGAAGACUGUGUGCGAGGGUGACUCUGGGGGCCCACUUGUCUGUGAAUUGAACCACACCUGGACGCAAAUUGGAGUCGUGAGCUGGGGGCGCGGUUGUUCAUACCCUAUGUAUCCUGCAGUUUAUGCCCGAGUCUCCUAUUUCUCAAAAUGGAUUCAUUAUCACAUAGAACAUACACCCAUGCCUCUUCAGCCGCUCCCCGCCCUCUCCUCCCCUCUGGGGGCUGCCGUCAGUGUCCUUGUGACCAUGUUGGCUGUCCUGUCAAUGAUAUAAAGGCCGAGGCCCCCACCCCAGCUUCCUCAUGGCCACAUGCCUCUGUCCCUACCCAUCUCCGGCCCCUCAGAUCUUCACACACCCGAGCAAGGUGAGGGCGACCAGCCAGGCCCACGUGCAGGGUCCAGGAAAAGGCUGAAAGGGCCACGCCCCGGAAGGCAGAGGCUGGUCUCACUACAGAAGGGCAGGGGUACAUAGA